AACGGUAUUUCGGGAUGACGCUACAUGCUAAACCCGGUAGUGCAGCUCAAUAAUCUGAUCAUGUGAAACGAUCAGAUGGAUGAUCAAAACAUUAGUGUCAGGAUGUGUUGACAUGUUUCUAGAGUUUAUAUCAGACGUGCGCAUCAUCUGUGAGAUAUAAUGUCGGACCCUCACUCAUUUCUGGGGUGUGUGAGAAGAGGUCUGCGCUUAGAUGUGUUUAAGGAUGUUGCUCGUCAAUAUCCUGUCAUCUUCUGUAUCUUCACCUUUAUGAUCUCCUCCACCAUCAUCCUCAACCAGUAUCUCCAUAUUCUCAUGGUUUUCUGGUCGUUUCUGGCUGGAGUGAUCACAUUCUACUGCUCCCUCAGCCCAGAAUACCUGCUGCCGAAUAUCCUCAUCUCUGUAAGGUCCAAGAGGAAACCACAGGAACAGCAGGAAUUAUUCCCUCUGGGUCACAGCUGUGCAGUAUGUGGGAAAAACCAGUGCACACGCCACAGACCGACCCUUCUGCUGGAGAACUAUCAGCCAUGGCUGGACUUAAAGGUGUCGUCCAAAGUGGAUGCCAGUAUUUCAGAGGUUUUGGAGUUAGUUCUCGAGAACUUUGUGUACCCAUGGUACAGAGAUAUUACAGAUGACGAAGCGUGUGUGGAUGAACUGAGACAAACAAUCCGUUUCUUUGCUGCAGUUCUGGCUCACCGAGCACAGAGAGUGGAUGUGCCCUCACUUGUGAUGGACAAAAUGAUGAAAGCGGCUAUGAAGCACAUUGAGAUCAUGGCAAAAGCACAGCAGAAAGUGAAGAACACCGAGAGCCUCCAGCAGGCAGCACUAGCUGAGUACGGUGCCGAUCUGCAUGUGGCCCUGCGGAGCCGCAAAGAUGAGCUGCUGUACUUGAGGAAACUCACAGAACUGCUGUUUCCUUACGUCAUGCCGCCGAGAGCCACAGACUGCAGGUCUUUGGCCCUGCUGAUUCGAGAGGUCAUGACAGGCUCUGUGUUUCUGCCAAUAAUGGACUUUGUGGCUGAUCCUGACACAGUAAAUCACAUGGUGCUCAUCUUCAUCGAUGAUAGUCCACCUGAGCCAAUCUACGAUCCUCCAUCUGCUCUGGUGCCCUUCCUGGAGAAGUUUGCAGAUCCACGCAACAAGAAAUCUUCGGUGUUGAAGUUGGAUUUGAAGGAGAUCAGAGAGCAGCAGGAUUUGUUGUUCCGCUUCAUGAGUUUCCUGAAGGAGGAAGGAGCGGUACACGUCCUGCAGUUCUGCCUGACUGUGGAGGAGUUUAAUGACCGGAUCCUGUGUCCUGACCUGAGUGACGCAGAGAUGCAGCGUUUGCAUGAGGAGGUGCAGAAGAUCUAUGAGACGUACUGUCUGGAGGAGAGCAUCGACAAGAUUAGCUUUGACCCCUUCAUCAUAGAUGAGAUCCACAACAUCGCUCAGGGGCCGUACACCGGCGUGGUGAAGCUCCAGACGAUGCGGUGUCUGUUCGAGGCCUAUGAGCAUGUGCUGUCUCUGCUGGAGAAGGUCUUCACCCCCAUGUUCUGCCACAGUGAUGAGUAUUUCCGACAUCUGCUCUGGGGUGCUGAGUCUCCUGCUCGAAAUUCAAAGCUAAACAGGAAUUUGAGUUUGGAUGAUUUAAGACUUGACAGCAUCCCUUUGGCCAGGAAUUAUGUCACUGGCCACAGGUCUCCAGUGGUCAAUUCCAGAGCCUCACCCACAUCUGUCAUAACACGUCGCCCUACAGUAUCACCAGCCCUCCCCAGGAAGAACACGUCGAAGCGUGGCGAGUCGUUUGGGAUCAGCCGAAUUGGCAGCAAGAUAAAGGGUGUGUUUAAGAGCAGCACGAUGGAGGGCGCAAUGUUACCACAAUAUGCCAUGAUUGAAGGAGAAGACGACACGGUGGAGGAGGCAGUGAUGGUGUUUGAGGACGACUCUCCAGUGCCUGUGGAGGGGGUUGGAACUCCAGGAUCAUCCCGCAACCUCUCCGCUUGGACCAUCUCAAUCCCUUAUGUGGAUUUUUCUGAGGACGAGGUUAAGAAAGAGCGCAACCCAGUCUUCUGCAUCGACGUGGAACGCCACGACAGGAAGAAUGUGGGGCAUGAGACCGAGAGCUGGUCUGUGUACAGAAGAUACGUGGAGUUUUAUGUGCUCGAAUCUAAACUCACAGAGUUUCAUGGCCCAUUCCAGGAUGCUCAACUUCCUUCCAAAAGAAUCAUUGGACCAAAGAAUUAUGAAUUCUUGUCCUCCAAACGAGGUGAAUUUGAGGAAUAUUUACAGAAACUGCUGCAUCACCCUGAACUGAGUAACAGCCAGCUGUUGGCAGAUUUCCUUUCACCCCACAGCAUUGAGACGCAGUUCAAUGAUAAAGCGCUAGAUGUCAACCUAGGGAAGAUAUUUAAGUCUGUGCCAGGAAAACUAAUGAAAGAGAAAGGGCAAAACCUGGAGCCAUUUAUCCAGUCUUUCUUCAGUUCCUGUGAAUCUCCUAAACCCAAACCCAGCAGGCCUGAGCUCACCAUCCUCAGCCCCACUGCAGAAAAUAAUAAAAAGCUGUUCAAUGAGGUGUACAGAAACAAUGCCAAUCUGCCUGAAGGCGUAGAGAGAAAACACAACCAGAACUACUUCAUGGAGCUGAUGGAGGUUGAUGGUUCAUAUGACUAUAUGAUGUUCAUAGGUCGUGUGGUGUUUCGCAUGCCUGAUUGGCUGCAUCACUUUCUGAGUGGAUGUCGUAUUCUCUUGAAGAGGACUCUAGAGGCGUGCAUAGGGCAUUAUUUACAGUCCAAAUUAGACCAGCUCAUGCAAGAGCAUCGCCUCGUCUCCCUCAUCACUCUGUUGCGAGAUGCUAUUUUCUGUGAGAGCACAGAGGAACGCUCUCCUGAGGAAAAACAGAGACGAGCCAAGAAGACCUUUGAGGAGAUGAUGAAAUACCUACCAGAUCUAGUCGGGAAAUGUAUCGGUGAGGAAGGAAAGUAUGAAGGCGUCAAGAUGCUGUUCGAUGCCAUUCAGCAGCCACUGCUAAACAAACAGAUGACGUAUGCGCUGCUUGACAUCGCUCUCCAGGAGUUAUUCCCAGAGCUCAGUAAGAAUCAGAAGCCAGGUCUCUCCGUCUCCACUAGAUGGAUGUAAAACAUUAUCAAUGUCUCGACAUCAGCAUUUUAUUGCA